UGCAUCCCUCCGCAUUCCCUCCCCCUCUUCAAAACCCCUGCCCCCCCUCCUCUCUCUCUCUCUCUCUCUUUCUCUCUCUCUGAGACACCGACUCUUCUUCUACCUUGAUCAUGGAAGCCGAUGAAUCCUCUCAACCCCUCAAAUACAAGACAUGGGUGCUGAAGGUUUACAUCCACUGCGAGGCCUGCAAGAAGAAAGUGAAGAAAGUGUUGCAGAGCGUUGAUGGAGUCUUCACGACGACCGUUGAUUCCGUACAGCAGAAGGUGACCGUCACCGGAGACGUCGACGCCGAUACACUCAUCAAGAAGCUUCAGAAGACCGGCAAGUACGUGGAAUUAUGGCCGCAGAAGGAGGAUAAAUCGGGAAAGAAAGGCAGUGGAAAGGGUGGGGAUGCCGGUGGCAAGAACGGCAAGGGUGCCACAGAGAAGAACAACGAGGCUGGUGGAAAAAAAUCCGGUGGAGGGGACGAAGCGAAGGAUGGAGCAGCAAAGGAGGCUUCCGGUGAGAAACCCGGUGAUGGACAUGCUAAGAAACAGGGCACCGACGAAAAACCAGCCGGCGAGGCGCCGUCUCCAGAUGGUGGUAAGGCCAAGGAAGGUAAUGGCGGAGGCAACGGCGGAAGUGGCGGUAGUGGUAAGAAGAAAGGUAAGAAAGGUAACGGAAAUGGGAACGGCGGUGGUGGUGGCGGCGGCGGUGGUGGUGGUGGUGAGAAUUCCGGCGAUGGUAGUGCUGGAAAUGGUGGCGAUCAGCCUCCGGCGGCGGUGGGUGCUCCAGCGGCUGUCGCUCAAGUUGGUGGUGCAACGGUUGCUUCGGCGCCACACUUGCAGCUGAUUCAUCAAUACCCAGAACUCGUCUCGCAGGUUUGCGGCGGGUGGGGCGGCCAGUGGAUACCGGCUGUUAAUUACAGCACGGCUACGCCCGUUCUAAGCUAUGGCGGGUCCUACACCCUCCCUCCAUAUGUCGACGCCUCCUUCAUGGUGCCGCACAGUUCCGGCGGUGUAAUGCGGUACGUGCCGCCGGGUUCUUACCUGCCGAGGCAAGAUGACUACAAUAUGUACGAUGAGGAGAACGGCUCAGUCUGUUCCGUGAUGUGAUGCAACAGUCGGAAAUUUCGCCGGAAGUGUCUAUGCCGGCGGAGGUCAGCCACCUAGAAACCCUUUUGUACAUUGUUUUCGUCUUGUGCAAGUCCUCUCCUCCCCUUUUCCUCUGCCGUUGGUGGUAAUUUUGUUAUGCUGUAGCUUAAAAAGAAACCAUAAAAACUUUGUUUAAUAAGAGUAAGAGAAUGUGGAACCCCUUUUGCUUC